UGCCGAAAAAAAAGUGCCGGGAAAGACAAACGAAGCGAGACAUAAAGAAAGUACCAUUCGUCACCACUCGGCCCAGCAUCGUCCUGCUAUGCGCGAGCCAACAGGCAGCCUACAGGUUUUCCCUCCUAGUCGCAUGCUCAUUUCCCUAUUCGACUUCUUGGCAUGGCGCUACGGUGGUGAUGAAGGCAGUCUGGUCCCACUGUGCCGCAUCCGACUCGCGAGCCCAGGACAAAGUCUGGGCAGCCGUACUCUCGAAGCUAUGAUGAAUACAGUGGCGUCGGUUCGAACCUAUUCGCUGUGGCUCUGGCUUUCCUGUAGAGCCCUCGCGGCCCUCCUGCUUGCUUACGGCGCCGCAAAGUUAAUGCUGUGGUGCUGGCACCAGUAUGAGUUAUUCAGGAGCCUCAAAGAUAUUCCAGGUCCAGGAGGCUGUUGUGCUCUGCUUUUUACACCGCGGUAUUUCUUGCAUUCUCUGUCUACAAAUCCCAAGCGAGCCGGAAGCACAGUGGAGUUUUUCCAGUGGAUUCGGGGUCUGAGUGAAAUUCACCGGCCGAAGGGUGUGUUUAAGAUCUACGCUGGGCUGUAUCCAAUCGUGUUCCUCUGCACGGCGGAAACAGCAGAGCCACUUCUUUCAAGUAUGUCGAACCUGAAGAAGUCUGUUAUCUACGACAACAUGCACCCGUGGCUGGGGUCAGGAGGCCUUCUCACCAGCUAUGGAGACCGCUGGCGGCAACACCGGAAGCUACUCACGCCAGCGUUUCACUUUCGGGUGCUGGAUAAUUUUCUGCCCAUCAUUAACGAGCAGGGUGACCGGCUAGUCCAGGAGCUGAGCCAGCUGGCGAGCGAGACCUACGUCAACCUGUUCCCCACGCUCUCAAAGUGUGCCCUGUCAACGAUCUGUGAAACUGCCAUGGGUCUUAAAGUCCACUCUAAGGAAAGUACGAGCGCAGUUUACGAGUACGAACGGGACUUAGAAACAGCCAUCAAGCUCUUUAUGAAGCGGGUGUUGCAGCCAUGGACCUGGCUCGAUGUGGUGUACUCGGCAACAUCGAGGGGAGUUAAGUUCGGAGAGGUGGUCAAGAGGCUGCACUGCUUCACAACCAAGGUCAUAGUUGAACGUCAAAAAGCCGAGGCCGCCAGGCAUUCAGCGGGGAAUAACGAAGCCAAAGAAGGUGUUCUCGAUAUCGACGGUGGCGGUGGCAAGGCCUUGGUGGCGCCACAUGACACUGCCAGUGCCCUCACCGAAACUGGUGCCGAGCGACCGGCAUUCCUAGACCUGCUCUCCCACUACUACCGACAGGGCAUCUUCAGUGUGGAAGAUAUGAGGCAGGAGGUUGACACCUUCAUGUUCGCGGGUCACGACACAUCGGCUCAGACGCUUACGUGGACUCUGUUCGCGCUCGCCAUCAACCCCGGAGUUCAGCGAAAGGUACAUGCGGAACUCGACAGUGUGUUCGGGAAGCGGGCAGCGGGAGACAUCACGAAAAGCCACGUUACCAAACUUACGUACUUGGAUCGUGUGUUGAAGGAAACCAUGCGUAUUUUCACCAUCGUGCCUUGGGUCGGAAGAUCGCUGACUGAGCCGUUAAAGAUCGGAAACUAUACGAUUCCUGAAGGGUGCACCUGUUACGUGUUUGCUUACGGCAUCCACCGCGACCCCGCCCACUACAUGGACCCGGAGGCGUUUGACCCAGACCGUUUCCUGCCCGAAAACUGCAGCCGAAACCACCCCUUCGCUUUUGUGCCUUUUUCCGCUGGCCCUCGAAACUGCAUCGGCCAGAAGUUCGCCAUGCUGGAGUUGAAAGUGCUGUUGGCGAAGGUGCUUACGAACUUCAGGGUGUUCAGCUGUAACAAUCGUGACGAUCUACUGUUUGACGCUGACAUCUUGCUCCGAACAAAAAGACCAAUCAAGAUACGUCUCCAGCCACGGCAUGGGGCUAGCUUGUAAUAAAGAUUCCUAUCUCUAGGAU